GAGCUGGCUCGUGAAAUUGGUCGGAUUUCAGUGCGACGCAAACACUCGGCGAAGAAUGUUUCACAAAUUCGAUAUCUCCUUGAUCUUAAGUUUGAUCGUCCUCAUAUGGACCAUAAUGAUGUUCGAUCUCGCGUGGAGUCAGCUGAUCCGACCGAUUUCGGUGUACGAGGAUCUCAUCAGAGAUAUUCGUACCUACUUCAAUAAUACGUGCAUCAUAGUCCUACAUAGUAAUCCUCUUGAGACGCAAGGAUUUAGGGAAGGCGAACUCUUGCUGCGGCUUCAAAAAUAUUUAAGCUCGACUCUUCACGUACGCACAGCAAUUAUGGAUUUUCAUAUGUUUACAACGCAAAUCGGACAAAAUUAUUCUCACAUCAGGAGGCCUUUGUUCGUCUUAUUAAACACCGAUGAAGAUACAAGGAAUAAUUUGGCAAAUGUCUCUACUUGGAUUUUGAUGUCUCAUCCUACUUGGCUGGUCUUUUUCGAUAACCAGACCAACUUGGCGGACUUUUUCUUCAACAUUUAUGUGCCAUUUAAUUGUAAAUUUGUGGUGGCUCAAAGCAGCAUCAAUGAAACUGACAAGGAGUUCCUCACUGAAGUUUAUCAAAUUCAUAAAAAUACAGAACUAAGAUCAAAUAACUUUGGUGUGUGGGAUACUAGGAGAGGUCUGAAAGGUCCUGCAGGAAGCUUAUAUUUACGAAGGAACAAUCUUUUUGGUGAGAGCUUGCGCAUUGCGUCGCUCCACGACCCUCCUGUCAGUGAGUUUCAACGUAACGAACAAAACGAGAUAAUAGGAGUUACUGUUUUUGGAGAGAUAAUUCUGUUAUUGCAGGAGGAAUUGAAUUGCACAUUCACAUUUAGGGAUUCAGAAUCGUGGGGCAUGUGUCGACCAAACGGCACGUGCACGGGUGCAAUUGGAAUGUUACAUCGCGAUGAAAUUGACUUCGCGGUGACGGAAUUCAUGAUGACCAAGCAAAGACUAGACUACGCCAGUUUUACAGUACCCAUUUUCACGACCAACGUUCGUGCCUACAUUAAAAGGCCAGAAGCAGGGAGUACAAUAAAGUGGGAUACUUACGUGGCGCCUUUCUCCAUAAAUAUUUGGAGGAUCAUUGGUUUUUUUAUAAUAAUUCUGAGUGCAUUGAUCGUGUUCAUUCAAAAAUUUUUUGCAUUUUCCAUACAUAUGCAAGACAACAACGCGCCGUCAAGAUUUACAGAGAUUGUAUUUUUUAUUACAGGAGCGUUCUGCAGUCAAGGUAUGAACCAAUCCACGCUAGAUCCUGUAAGAAUGGUGCAUUUAGUAACUUACUUGACAGCGGUCAUCGUCUUAGCCGCAUAUUCCGCCGCCUUGAUUAGCUUUCUUACUGUCAAGACAUUCUUUAUUCCUUUCACGACUAUGGAAGGGCUUUUAAAAGAAGAGGGUUAUAGUUGCGGCGUAAUUGGUAAUUCAGCGUACUUCGCCUUUCUUCAGAAUACGAAAGACGAAAUAAUGAGUCAAGUGUUUGACAAGUUAAUAAUGAAAGAAACUAUUGCCAAGAAAUUACCAGACAAUUAUUUGGAUGGUCUGGAGCGUGUUUGCAGCGAAGACAAAUAUGCUUUUGUGGUACUCGAUAGUAUGGCAACGUUACUACAAGCAAAAGUCGAUUGCAAAUUGAUACCAUUGGAUGUCAUCACACCAGCUACUAUAGCAAUGGCAGUACAACGUUAUAGUCCGUUUCUCGGUAUUAUUAAUAAACGUAUCCUAUUGUUGAAGGAUAGCGGAGUCUUGCAACGUUUGCUAGAAACACAAUGGGCAGUUCAGUUAGCCACAAUUCGUUAUCGAUUGCAGUCGACAGCAUCGUGGAAAUCAGUCGAGAUUAAUGAUAUAAUGCCAUUGCUGUUUUUCAUAAUCAUAGCUUUGUUUAUUAGCUCUCUUGUCUACGCUAUAGAACGCAUGAUCUAUAAAAAUUGUUGCAAAUUGGUCAAGUUUAAAAAAACUGAUAACAAAAAACUGAUAACAAAAAAACGAAAAAAAACGAGAAAUUACAACAAUUGA